AUGGGUGAUCUUCAUCAUCAUAUUCAGAAUCAAGAACAACACAUUUCGAUCCCAAAUUCUCACAACCAACAAGAAAACAACGAUCUUUUCUCAAUGCUGCGUCUCAACACCUCUUCCACCUCAACCCACCAUCACCAUCACAAAAACUCCACCAAACGCCGCUCACCUCCGUCGUCUUCAACCGCCGAACGAAGCGCCAAGAAGCACUCUUUUGAAGAUUUCACUCGUAAUGGCUUCUCUGCCAUUACACUUCCUUUCAGUCUCCGCGGCAAUGUUCUCCGCCGCUGCGUAUCUACGCCGGAGCAGUCUGCGGCUCCGAUGGUGAAAGGGGCUGGGUUGCCGCCUCUGCAUCCGAACUUAAAGAGAUGUCUGUCUGCUGAUGCUAAAACGAUUUCUCGUUCUUUGAGUUCUGAAGAACCGACACCUGCUGAUUCAAUGAGGCUUAAAAGGAUGAAGGAUCGUUUGAAAGAAAUGAAACAAUGGUGGGAUGAAGUCAUGAAAGAAGAGGAUGAACAAGUAGAAGAACAACAACAACAACAGGAAGAAGUAGAAAAAGAGCAAUCUCCUGUGGUUGAAGAAGACAAAGUCCUAUGUCAGGAUGAAUUGGGGGAAGAUGUUGAAGAAUCUGUGAGAGUAGAGUGGGCUGAAAAAUGUUUAAGCCUCACUUUCAAGUGUCCAUGUAGCAAGGGCUAUGAGGUUUUAAUAUCUGCAAACAACUGUUACUAUAAGCUGGUGUAG